AUGCGUGAACGCACGGUAUCGAUGAUGCUUCGACGUAUCGGCUGUCCAAGGGAAGCACGAGGGCACGAGGUUUUGCGGGUUCGAGGGCGCCCAGCCGAUGAGUGCGGAUCGACGCCCCCGAUUCGCGGCCGGCGAAGAGAGAUCCCGCGAACGGAGGAAAACAUUCGGCGGGGUCGGGGAGGGGCCGGCGUCGGGAUCCUCAGUCGCACGGAGUCCAUCGCCCGGGAAAGGCGAGGUGAAGGGACGUCCUCGCGUGGACUCCCCCACCUGGAGGACGUCGGGUUCCAACAUCUAGAAGACGUUUAUCGAGGAUACCAAGGAAAGAAAAAGGCGGAGAUGGUGAACGAUAUCAGGAGGCAGUUGGAGGCUGGGGAUAUGCCUCCCGCUUACCCGAACGGCUGGUUUGCGAUCUUCGAGUCCGACGACCUUCCGUGCGGGGGGGUUCGGUCCAUCCAGGCUUUAGCGCCGACGUUCGCAAAGGUGAAGACCCAUCUGGUGAAAGAGGCCAUCGGGUACAUCUGGAUUUGGUUUCACGCAGAGGGAGAAGAACCGACGUACGAAAUCCCUCGACUAUCGGAGAUCCACGAGCAGAACUGGAAGUACAGUGGACGAACGGAGCAUUACGUCAACGUCCACAUACAGGAAAUCCCAGAGAACGGCCCGGACGUAGCCCAUCUGAGCGUGGUGCACCGUCCCGCUAUCGCCAUGGGGACUGACCUGAGAAAGGCCGGCUCCUACCUCUGGAACGCGAUCCACCACACUUGGAAUGCGACGUGGGCCCCGCUCCCCCAUCCCAAAGGACACAUCGCCCAUAUUGACCUCACACACAAGCUCUCCUUCUUCGAGAAGUUCUACACGCUCACGGCGAAUGCGAACAUCGACCAGGUGGGACCCAGCCUGGUGAUCAUGCGCUUGUCAGGCGCCGCCAUCGGGGAACUCUUGAUCGUCCAAGUCGUGACCCCCGUGGGCCCCUUGAUGCAGCGGUUCAUCCACCGCGUCUACAGUUCCCGGACCUGGACGGCCCCGCUCGCGAAACUGUCCCUCUUCAUCGAGGCCCUGAACGUGGAACGGGACCUGAUGGUGUGGAACAACAAGCGCUUCGAGAAGAACCCCGCCCUCCUUAAGGAAGAACGCCCCAUCCGGGAUUUCCGUCGCUGGUACUCCCAGUUCUACUCGGAGAACAGCCCCAAAUUCGAGUUCGCCAACAAGAUGGACCUUCGCUGA